AUGCUCUGGAAGACGCGUCUGUUUGGUGUCAAAUGUGUGUUAUGUGGUCUAUUGCCAUUCCAAAUAUCAAGUGAUAAUGGAAAACAAUCAGAAAAAUCCGCGUCUAUGUUCGACCGUGAAAGGUAUGCUUUAACUGGAAGAGAGAGACUCUACCGAAUGUUUAGUAUGGACGAAGGUGGUUCAUUUAGUCCCGAAUUGAUACGUUCGUAUCAAGCUACUGUAUUUGGAGCUUUCGUGGGAGCCACAUACGGUGGGUACCGUAGCACAAAACAAUCGCCUGAAGUGAAACAACAAAGCAAUGCCCUUGCUUUGAAAGAGAAAGUGCAUGGGAGAAACUUAUCACCAGAUGGUCAGGAGAUUGUUGUUAACUUCAUCAAAGGCGGUUUUCGUUGGGCGUGGAGGGUUGGGUUGUUGUGUGGCUCUCUUACCUUACUGACCACAGCUGUGUCCGAGUAUAGAGGUCAUUCUGGAAUCCUGGAAUAUUCAGUUGCAGGUGCUGUUUUAGGUCCAUGGUUGGGGUGGAAAAGUGGUGUGAGGUUAAUGGCGAUGGGAGGGGUGUUAGGAAUUGUGAUAGGCACUGCAGGUGGAUGUGUAAUGUAUGCUGCCCACACAGUCGGUGGAACAACCACAGAAGAGACUUAUUUCUGGCAACAUGGUUAUAAAGAAACUCAGCUUAAACAUUCCAAAGAUAGGUUGAAAAAACUGAAAGAAGAAAGCAGAGUGUUUCUUGAAUCUAAUGGAGAAGGAUUAGACAAUUCUACAAACUCAAAUAAAGCCUCUAAUCAAUGA